AUGUUACUCAGAGGCUCGCUUCCUCUUCUGGCCUCAGCACUUUGUGCCGUAGAUGUCUGUGGGGCAUUUCUUCAGGGACAACAUGACUUUGUUGACUUCAAUAUCACCGAUGGCUUCGACGAUAUUGUUCAAGGGAUCGGUAAACGCCAAACUAAUGUAGAGCUACGAAUAUUGCCUCUGGGAGCGUCGAUUGUCAAUGGUUACAUGGAAAGCUCUGGCAAUGGAUUCCGCAGAUACCUCCGAGAUCAAUUGAGAUUCAAGGGUUGGGCUGUCAAUAUGGUCGGAAGUAAACAGGGAGGCAACAUGAAUUUCGAGGCUACUGGUGGUGAUACAAUCACUCAAGUAACAGAAGCAAGCAAACUGAGUACGGGUUACAAACCGAACGUCAUUCUUCUCAACGCUGGUACGAAUGAUGCCAACCAGAACUUGCAAGAUGGAUCUGGUGCUCGUAUGGAGAGCCUACUCAGGAGCUUAUGGGCCGCCGAUGAUAUGAGCGAAACACUGAUCAUCUUGUCUUCGGUUCUUCAAAGAGCCGAUGCAAACGCAGAAAAGAACCGCAUUGAAAUCAACCGACAGUACAUCGAAGUUGUCAAGAAACUGAUGGGCGAAGGCAAGCCCCUCAGGUACAUAAGUAUGCAAGAGCUUAAGAUGCCUGAAAACUUUAAUUCUGACGGAAUUCAUCCUAACGAUAACGGUUUUAAGAUCAUGGCAAAGUGGUGGUGGGUUGCUAUAGAAUAUGCGAACAAGGCUGGAUUGAUCAAAGCCCCGAAACCAUUUGCAGGAAUUUCAGGAACCACCUGCGAAAAAGUUGCUGGGAACGCAGCCUACGGUGGUAUCACACAGAAAGGUUCAGGCACAAGUGACGGGAUCUACUCUCAUGAUAGCAAGGAGAUGGGCUCUAUCUUCUCGUACACCAGUGAAUUUGAUCGUGGCCAGUGGUUCUUUCCGGGUCUUUACGGAAGAAAGUAUGACGAUCUAGUCGGAUGGUGGAUCACGGAUGGUGUUGUCACUUUUGCCACAUGGAAGAAUAUGGGAGAGGGAAAGUUCCAAAGGCUUUCAGAUAUGAGUACCUCCCUAUUCUGCAAUCCAGCUGGCAUUUGGUUCGUCGAUCUCAAUGGCGAUGGCUAUGACGACUUUCUCUGUGUUGCACCUUCUGGCGAUACCCAAGCCUCCAUCAAUAACAAAGACGGAACAGAUACCAAGCCACCCACUUUCAAAUUCAUCGGAGUAAUCAAGACCAACACAGGCUACAAGCAAGAGCGUGUUCGCUGGGGAGAUAUUGAUGGCGAUGGAAGAGCGGAUUAUUGUGUCAUUGAUGACAGCGGAAACGUGUGGGUUUGGAGAAAUGGCGGCACUAGUGACAUACCAGAUCAAUGGCAAGCAAUGGGUCUCAGAUUUACUGCGAAAGGCAUGGGUGACAUGAAAGGAGUCAGGUUCGGUGACAUCAACGGUGACGGCCGUGAUGACUGGCUGUGGGUAAGUGAAAGCGGCGAGACAACUACUUGGACCAACUCUCGAAGUUGUAAGAAAGGCAAAGAGGGCGAUGGACUCAACGUGGCAUGGCAGCAAGGUUUCUGGAAAGGCUCAUCGUCUGGCCCCACUCAUGCUGGGGUAGGAGGUACAAGUAACCGAGCCAGGAUUCAUUUCGCAAAGAUCUAUAGUUCGCCUUACUUUGGCCUCUUAGGCCGAGCAGACUAUAUCUUCAUGGAGUCUACAAAACAGUCUGACGGCAAAUUCAAGUUCGACAUGAAAGUAUGGAAGAAUCUUGGAUCUGGUGGCGCUAAAUUGAAAGGUUUGACCUUGACAUAUGUUCACUCACAAACUUUUGCUAACGGGUGUCUUCAAGCUGACGGAAACAAAUACUGCAAUAUGCAUGCCCAUGCUGACGGACGUAUGGACUAUGUCUGGACUCUUAGUACCGGAGAAAUGACUGUGUGGCCUAAUCUAGGCAAGAAGUCUGUUGUCGGUGAUGAUGUCUUCUGGGGCACACCUGUGGAAAACAUGUUCAACCCAAGUGCUCUGAUUGGCAAACAACUUGACAGACGCGACUUGCAUCUCGUUGACUGGGAUAAUGACGGAGCUUGCGAUAUCGUCUGGACAGAUCCGGAUAACAAUAACAAGGUGUCUGUUUGGUUGAAUCAGUACAAGACGAAGGGCGCUUUCACUUGGACAUAUCUAGCCAACCCAGCACCAGUCCUGAACUGCCCUGAGAAAAGAGGGCUGGGGAUUCAUGAUCUUCCCGUUCGUUGGGGUGACGUUUCUGGAAAUGGACUAAGUGAUUAUUUGUGUCUGGAGCCUAAUGGUCGAACAUGGGGAUACGUUCAUAACACUGAUGGAAGCUGGACCUACAUUGAUCAAUUCAAGAAAGCCGAAGGCAUCGACAGAGCCAAUAUGCGGUGGGGAAACGUCAACGGAGAUGGUGGAGACGAUUUGAUUUGGAUCGACAAAUGGAGUGGUGAUGCGACCGUGUAUAUCAACAAGGGUCGUCUAGAUACGGGAGGGUCACGCUACUGGUUCAAUCCUUCAGGAAAACAAUACGCUGGUAGUUGGGCUGGAACCUGUCAAUACUUCCCAGAUCUGGACGGCGACGGAAGAGCUGACUUGCACUCUGUGAUGACAACAAUUGAUAACACAGCUGAGACCUUUUUCAACCGCUGCGGACUUUUUGAUCUUUCCGGAGACGAUGCUGGAUGGGCACCUGGACAGGACCCUGGAUAUGGCGCACUACCUGCGGAGCCUCAAUUGCCUGAGAUUGCCGCACCACCUCCUCCGCCUCCUCCACCACCUCCACCACCAAAGCAAAAUUGGGAUGCUGGCAAGUCUGAACAGCCAAUUCCUACAGGUGCUUGCGGACAGGGAUGCUCUCCAACUGGCGGUUUCUUCUCCGAUGCCCAGGUGAAGGGAUGGUGUCAAGGACUCGUUGACGACGUCUGCAACAGCGAUAACCAAGUAUUCAACAACGAUGUAGGAUUCGGUUCUAUCCUAGUCUUCGCUCCCAAUAAGGACAAAGAGUGCUCCGAAGUAGCUCCAGCCACGGUAGACGAAUGCUACGCUUACUAUGUCCAGAGUCAAGCAAAUUCUGCUGCUGCUUGUGGAACUUAUGCGCCCGGGGGUGGAUCACCGACCUGCAUGUUUUAUGUGAAUAACGUGGAUGGCGAGUCGAUGGGUGCUAUGAGUAUCAGUGGGGGCUGUAUUCCAAAUGGAGGGAAAUUGUGUUAG